AUGUCGGAGAAACACUUAAAGAAAGGAGAUGCCUUGCCACCGUACAAUGGCAAAUUACGGUUAUUUGCUAUGAGAUUUUGUCCCUACGCAGAACGAAGUAUCUUGGUUUUAAAUGCCAAAAAGUUACAGUAUGAUUUAGUUCAUAUUGAUCUGGAUAACAAACCAGAGUGGAUUUUCAGCUUUAAUCCUAAAGGUACAGUGCCAAUUUUGGAAUAUGAAGAAGGAAAAGCUAUAUUUGACAGCAGCAUUAUUAAUGCCUAUCUCGAUGAGAAAUAUCCUGAUCCACCCCUACAAUCUUCAGACCCGCUGCAACGGGCACAGGACAAGAUAGUUGUGGAGCUUCUAUCUAGUGCUCACUCAGCAUAUUAUACUGCAGCAUUUAACGCCCAAGCUUUAACUUCAGAGUCUUUAGAGACAUUCCACCGUGGUCUAGAAGUUCUGCAAAAGGAAGUAGAAGCUAGAGGCACUACAUUCCUAGGUGGUGAUAAACCUGGCUUGGUGGAUUAUACUGUUUGGCCAUUUUUGGAGCGCUUUUUGUCACUUCCUCAUUUGGGCAAACCCGAAUUUGCUAUUAGUGAGGAUAAAUAUGGUGCAUUAUUGAAAUAUAUGGAGUCAAUGAAGAAUGACCCUCCAAUCAAGGCCUACACUUUGGCUCCAGAAACCCACGCCAAGUACACCGAAUCUCGCGUAAAGGGUACACCAGAUACCAACAUGCUGGACACUAGUGAUGUCUGCUGCUUCCGUCCACGUAAGAAGAAGGAAUGA